AUGCUUGUAAAAGCUCUAGCUCGACACCGCACUCCGGUGUCGUUCCUUUCUGUACGCGUACCGGUAGGGUUAGCUAGUGUCCAUUCUAAGGGAAAACAACCGGGGAAGAUGCCAUCAAAGAUAACUUUUGAAACCGAAGACAUCGGGAAGGAAGGUGAAAUGGACAUUAGUUCGGGCAGUACGACACCCAAAGUAAGUAAAAUGGAACACAAAUAGCUGGUUGUUAACGUUUGCUAAAUAGCCGAAACUGAACAAAACCCGCUGGCUAGCCCCGCCAUUCUGCUAGCUAGCUAGCUAGCUAGUGACAUUCUACAUCCGCGUGGUAGCUAAUGGUAUAUCAUGUCGUCACAAAUGUCAUAGUGUUGAUAUUGUAUUGCCAUUAUGCUAGAGGCAAGCUGUACGGAAAAAUAUAAGUAGAGAUUUAAAGAACUGUCAAUCUUUGGAGAAAAUAACAAGCUAACGCCACAUGGCAUGGUCAUUGCUACUAGCGUGCAGCCUCGUGCACAUGACACGUGGUCAGCUGAUCUGCAAAACAGAAGGAUCACCUUGCCACCAUGGACUCGGGGACAGGCACAGCCCAUGGACUCGGGGACAGGCACAGCCUAUGGACUCGGGGACAGGCACAGCCCAUGGACUCGGGGACAGGCACAGCCCAUGGACUCGGGGACAGGCACAGCCUAUGGACUCGGGGACAGGCACAGCCUAUGGACUCGGGGACAGGCACAGCCUAUGGACUCGGGGACAGGCACAGCCUAUGAAUUUGUGCAGCGUACAGCACUUGAUGACGUUGCUCGACAUGUUUCAAUUCUAACUAGCUGAUUAGCAACAAUUUAUGCAAUACUGUGUGUCAAUGUAUCCAUCUAUCUUUCUAACUCUGUUAUGUGGUUGGUCUAUGUAUGAACUGCACAUAGAUAAUAAAUAUAGCUAUACAUUGAACUAGCUUGCAACUAUUCAUUCCCCUUACAAAUGUGUGGUGCACGAUGUUAAUGUGUGGUGCACUAUGUUUGGUUGGUAGAAAAUAAAGGAGAAGAAGACCAAGGAGGGAAAGAAAAUCAAGAAACAGAAAACGGUUGUUGAAGAGGAACCUGACUGUGAACCUCCUGCUCCCAAGAAGAAGAAGAAGAAGAAGAAGAACAAGCAAGAAGAAGUGGAGAAAGCAAACGGGGAGGUGAACAAAUCAAUUGAUGUUAAUGGCAACAUAGAAGAAUCACCUUUGAAGGACAACACAUCUCAUUCCAAUGAGGAGUCUGCAGACAAUGACAAAGAAACCGAGGUUACUUAUAUUAUAUUGUUUUGAUAAAACAUGCCUACACUCAGUACUGCGUUACAACGGAUAUGUAUUGAUUUGUUUUGACAUCUGUUUAUCAAAUACAUUGUUUAUUUUAGCUGGUGUUAAGAUGGGAAUGAAUAUAAUCAUUUCAUAAUCAGACCUUUUGAAACUAGCUAGGUCAAUAGAAUAAAUGUUAAUCAGCAUGGCAAGGCAUCUUUUUACCAUGUCCCGUUCUGCCAUUGCCAACAGAAGAAGAAGAAGAAGAAGAAAAAUAAAAAAAAGACAGAAGAAGAAGUCGUCGUCAAUGGAGUGUUGCCUGAGACUCCCAAGCUGAUCGCACAAACCAAUGGGCAUACCGCGGCGACAACUCCAGGACAAUCAAGCGAGGACUCAGACAGUGGAAAAGAAACCGUGAGUCUUUCCAGUGAUGUUCUGAUUCAUCAGUGAAGUGGUUUGUGGAAAAACUAUUUAUAGGACUUUAAGAACAUAGUCAGUCUGUUGCUUUCUGUUUGCAUGCCAUUAGGAGACACCAGAACAGAAAGAGGGAUCCUUCUCUAACUUCAGAAUCUCCCCCAACACCAUUAAACUACUUCAAGGUAUUUUUUUCUUCUUUGUCAAUUUUCAUGCAACUAAAAUGCUUUUUGAGUUGAGUUACCCAUUUUUAAAGGUGCAGUCUGUUAUUUGGUAAAAACAACUUACCAAGUGUAUUAGGGCUACCUACAUUUUAACUGUCUCAUUUCCCUCAAGCAAGAGGCAUAUCUUACCUCUUUGACAUCCAAACCCAAACCUUCAAUUCUGUGUACGAGGGAAAAGAUGUGAUUGGCCAGGCAAGAACAGGCACUGGUAAAACGUUAGCUUUUGCCAUUCCGCUGAUCGAGAAACUCCAAAAUGACCCCGAUGACAAGAGGAGGGGCAGAGCCCCAAAGGUAGGUCUGCUGCAGAUACUGCCAUCAGAUAUUCGGCAUGUGCUGUUAGUGCUAAGAUAUUGUCAAUUAGCUACAUUAUAUAGUCUUGUGGAGCAUGUAUAAUUUUUUGACCAAAAUUCUUAUGGAAUGCUUGAUGUUUUUUUCCCAUCAUUAACCGUGUCCACUUCAUUAGGUUCUGUGCCUUACUCCAACCAGAGAAUUGGCAAUUCAAGUAUCCAAGGAUUUCAAGGAGAUGACAAAUAAACUGUCUGUUACCUGUUUCUAUGGUGGGAGCUCCUACAAUCCCCAACGUGAGUUUUAUUCCUGUUUCUUACUUUUUCAAUUUAACAUUCUCUAGUUGUGCACAAUUUGGCUUCAUUGUAAAGUGCCUGUUAUUUAUUUGUGAAAAGUGAUGCUGUAAAUUGCAUAUACGGUUAAGCUGAUAAUAUUUGUGGGAAAUCAUUUCGAUCUGUUUUCUCUCAGUUGACGCAAUCCGCAGUGGCAUCGAUGUCCUAGUGGGAACUCCAGGUCGUAUCAAGGACCAUCUACAGAAUAACAAACUUGACCUGUCUCAAUUGAAGCACGUUGUAUUAGAUGAAGUCGACCAAAUGCUUGAUAUGGGCUUUGCAGAACAGGUGGAGGAGAUACUUUCUGCAUCUUACCAAAAAGGUAACGAGACAUUUUCAUAUGGGAUUGAUUGAAUUAGGUAGAUUUACUAUAGAUUUGCCUUGGGUUGGAUGGGAGGCCAAGAACGUAUGUCUUAACGUUAGUACUGGAUCAGAAGAGGGUAAGUGCACAUAACUGAUCCAAUGUUUCUUUGUGGGCAGGCUCUGAGACCAACCCCCAGACCCUGCUCUUCUCUGCCACAUGCCCAGCAUGGGUGUAUGAUGUGGCGAAGAGGUACAUGAGGCCAACCUAUGCGCAUGUUGACCUCAUUGGCAAAAAGACCCAGAAAACUGCCACCACAGUGGAGGUAAGAUAUACAAACUAUUUUAUUAUGCUUUCAACAAGUGAUGGUUAAUUUUGAUUGACAAUGGUUUCCACUUUGGUUUACAUUUUUCUCACACUUCAGAUUAAUUCAGAUUGUAUUUUUCAUCUUUGAAAUUGUACAUUUUAGAAACCAAAUGUAUAAUUUGACGUUUUCUAUAGAGUAACAUAAAGCCAUCAGGUUGCCAUUAAUACAUGUCCAUAAUAGGGCCACGAUACUUAAGAAAUACACAUUUUACAUUUACACAGCAAGUUUCUUUCACAUCAUACUUGCUGAAGCAGUUUCUUCUGACUAAAGCUACUGUAGCCUUUUAACACAUAUUUUUGUAUCCCCAGACUCAUACUAUUGUAGUCUCUACUUGGCUGUAAUCCAGCGAUAAAGAUCAAGUGUGUCUUACCUUGAAGUUACUUUGCACUACAAAUCAUUUUAGGCUCUUCUGAUGCUCACACGCAAACCAGUUAACACAUAGCAGAGAUAUUUAGCAGCUUUCCCCAUAUUUAGCCCUCCCCAUAUUUUAUUAUUAUUAUAAUACAUGCCAUUUAGCAGAUGCUUUUAUCCAAAGUGACUUAGCCAUGCGUGCAUACUUUUUACGUAUUAUGUGGUUCAAACUGGUAAAAGACCACGCAAUACCGAAUUGGCUGUCAUUUCAAAAUGUUUCUCAUUUUGUAAUGUGUAGUUCACUCAGGCCUACUUAACAUAGUUGUUUUCACACUGACCAGCACUUUUUAUUAAGUCCUCUCCGUCUCUUCCUCCCCACCCAGCACCUUGCCAUAGCAUGUCACUGGUCCCAGAGGGCUGCAGUCAUUGGGGAUGUGGUGCAGGUGUACAGCGGGAGCCACGGCCGCACCAUCGUCUUCUGUGAGACCAAGAAGGAUGCCAACGAGCUGUCAAUGAAUGCCUCCAUAAAACAGGUACCAGAAACCUGCCAGAGCGUUGAUUGUUCGUUUUAAUUAUUUUGUCACACAGUGAACACUGAAAAUUUAGUGAGGUAGAACAUUGAUAGAAGGAUCAACCUGGAAGGUUUGACUGAUGGACGUAAAUGACAUUGAAAGUCAAGUGAGGUAGUUGACUGUAUUUCUAAUGGGUUCAUUGGCUUAUUCAUUCUCGGGCCUGAUUGUGAUGAAUGUUGAAUGUUGCAGAGUUCCCAGUCACUUCAUGGGGACAUUCCUCAGAAGCAGAGGGAGAUCACACUGAAAGGCUUCAGAAGUGGCACCUUCGAGGUCUUAGUGGCCACCAACGUUGCUGCCCGUGGGUUGGACAUCCCAGAGGUAGACCUGGUUGUGCAGUGCUCACCCCCAAAGGUAGAUGAAUACUGUGAUAAUACCACGUUAGAUGCUCUUAUACAUGUGUAGUAACACUGUAAUUGAUCUAGCAACAACAACAAUGUAUUAACGUGAACGCUUCGUUGUCCCUCUACCAGGAUGUGGAGUCCUACAUUCACCGGUCAGGUCGAACUGGUCGGGCUGGCAGGACUGGCGUCUGCAUCUGUUUCUACCAACGCAAAGAGGAAGACCAGCUCCGAUACGUAGAGCAGAAAGCAGGCAUUACAUUUAAGCGAGUUGGAGUGCCCACUGCCAAUGACAUCAUCAAAUCCUCCAGUAAAGAUGCAGUGAGGUUUUUAGACUCUGUGCCUCCCCAAGCCAUUGAGUACUUCCGUGUGUCUGCUACCAAGCUGAUUGAGGAGCGUGGGGCCGUGGAGGCCCUGUCUGCCGCCCUGGCACACAUAUCAGGAGCCACUGCCCUGGAGCAAAGAUCCCUCCUCAACUCUGACGCUGUGAGUGUAGACCCUACUAGCUCAGUCUACAUGUAGCAAUAUAAUAAUGAAGGACAUGUCAACAUGUGUAAAUGCCCUGAACUGUUUAAAAUGCAUCUUUAACUUGUAUUUCAUGUUUUGUUAUUCAAUCCAUCCAGGGCUACACCACAAUGACAAUGAACUGCUCCCAGGAGCUGCACAACAUUGGCUGCGCCUGGCGUGGUCUGAAGGAGCAGCUGGGAGAGGAGAUUGACAACAUGAUCCGGGGGAUGACCUUCCUCAAGGGCAAAAUGGUACGUUUGUCAUUCAAUGUGCCUCUGUUUUCACCUUUUGAAAUAAAACCAUCCUCCUUCACUGUUUUGUACUAUAAUCACAAUACUAUUGGGGCUCUGUAAUUGACCUGCCUGGUGUUAAGCGAAAAUUUGAUGAGUGAGCUUUGUUUUUUUCUCUGCAGGGAGUCUGUUUUGACGUUCCGGCUGACAAAGUAAAGGAGUACCAGGUAAGUCGAGAGCAGAUACUAUUCCUCUCAACUGUGACGAAUUGGACACAUGUAAAAUGCUUGGUUUAAUGUGAUUCAAAGCUGAGGAGCAUUACAUUUACAUUUACAUUUUAGUCAUUUAGCAGACGCUCUUAACCAGAGCGACUUACAGGAGCAUUUAUCUAAGACCAUUUUCUCAAACUGCAUUUUCAUUGUGUGCAUUUUAAAGAGUAUUUCCCAAGCCUUACUGUCAAGCUCUGCCAGAGUGAUCCUCAAAUUUCACAACACAUGCAAUCCAUCCAUAAUCAAUUUUUUUUUAGUAAAAAACAAAAGGCUUCAUUAAUUAAGGCCACAGUAGAUAAUGUGGUUAAUAACGCAUAGACUCUAUUGUCCUUGCGGUGAUCACUCCAAUCGUCUUCUCCUCAGGAUGCCUGGCAGGACGGCAGACGUUGGCAGCUGUCAAUCGCCACAGAGCUUCCUGAGCUGGAGGAGAAACAGCGCAUGGGUGGUGACGGCGGCGACCGUGGAUACGGACGUUCCUUCGGAGGACGGGGAGGUGGCCGUGGCUUCAGAAAUGGCGGCGGUGGAGGCGGCGGCAACUGGAGAGGUGGAGGCAGUCAUAAACGAAGCUUCAGCAGUGCGUUUGAUUAUUAACCACUAACUUCCCAUUCUCUGGACUGUUGACAUGGCUGUCUGUUUCCUGGUUUUUACUGGUGUUUGGUGGACUGACUGGUACCCGCGCGAAAGGAAAUUCUGCAAAAUAUGUAUGACCUGAUUGCUUUGCAAUAAUGCGUUCAACUAUCUGUACUUGAAUAAGCCCAUUCAUUGGAAUGAGAUGUCUUCAUUAAAGGUGGUCUGAGGAAAUUUAAUUCUAGGUCUGUUCUUUUUUCACCUACUCUAUUUUUAAUCCUAAAAAAAAAAGAAAUUCCUCCUUGGACAUUCAUCCGCUUCAUGUAUCUUGAAGGGCAUUUCCUGAGAUGCUAUGCUAAUACUCUCAAUUUUAGUUAUAAUGAAAACAACAUAUAUAGGCCUAUUGUGUCAAUUAAGUUAAAUAAAAAGCAAACAUUUAAGACAACUCAGUAAUUCUACAGUGCCAGUCUACUUGUUCAGCUUAAUGUGAUGUGUGUGCUAAAUGAUGUAAAUG